AUGCCAUUGAUGAUGGAGGAGGGCAUUAAUGUCGACGACCUCUUCGGCGAGCCCAACUCCUUGGAGUUGGGCCUGUCUCCUGCGCCGGCCACCAAAGGCCUGGCCCAGUGCCUGGAUGAAAUGCGCCUCUUGGGCUGUCGCCAAAAAAUCUCCUGGUCCCGCCUGGGAUGUGUCGCAUACAUCUCCCCGGACGGCACUCGGGUCAGUGUCCGCCAUCUCCAAUGCCGUCCCUCAGACGGCAAAUGGGGAUUGAGCGAUGAAUAUCCGCUGCCGCCUGUCACAGAGGCGCAUAAUGGCAACCAACUCGUUCAUCUCUCCUGUAACGAGACCGGGUCGGAACUGGCCGUCGUCGACUGUCUCGGUCGAGUCUCCAUCUAUUCCAUCUCGAUGGCUCUGAACAGUAUCACCGGGCAGCGACAGGCGUCCUUUGAUUCUAGUGACGACAGCAACCAGAUUGUCGGCAUGAUGUGGCUCAACACAUCCCGCUCAGUCCAUGCCUUUCACCAGGCCACCAAGGUCAGUGGUCGAUGGACAUAUUCACCAUUCCGUCGGCGCCCAAUUGGCCCCUUCCACCCGGCCAACAAGGGGACUCUGAUCUGUGUGACCCGAGCGGGCCAGAUUCGACUCAUCUAUCAAAACCCGGACAGCAAGUGGGCAGAACUCCCGGCCGAGCUGAAGAACACCGGCUAUUCAGAUCGACUAUUGACCCAUGCUUCGAUGGUGGCAACCCAAGCUGGGAUCCUGAUCGCUACCUAUUCAGUCUGUCAGAAGAUUUGCUUGUAUCGAGUACAGAUCAACUGGAAUCCGCCGCAAUGGGAUCCGACCCAGGCCAAACACCCCAAUCAAUUCCCCAUUCCCUCCUUCCGCAUUCUCCACUGCAAAAUCGAUAUGCCCAGCCCGGUCUUCAAUGUGAACCGGGGGCCUGAUGAGCAAGUGGCCCAAUCAUUACCAUUUCCCAACACCAUCUACUCUUUGACCCGAUUGGACGUCAUGCCUGGCCAAGUGGACGGUCCUCAGGGAUCUACCUCGAGUCCGUGGAUCUUGGCGGUCUUUUCUAAGCCUCUCCAUGCGACCCCUGAAUACGCAGACCAGCAAGGUCCGCCGAGCGUGAUUGCGCGGUGGCACUUGGAGUCUGGAAACCAGGCUUUGCACCCCAAAUUUGACGAGGUCGCGUCGAAAAAGAACAAUGUUCAGGCUAAGUCGAAAAUGGAGCUCCGCCGACUGGAAGAUAUCCACUGUCAUCGGCAUAUCAUUUCAGUGGAUUUGAUUGAGCAUGGUACAGCCAUUGCUAUUACGCACGAUGACAGCUCGAUCUCUUUCUAUGACACAAGGGGAAUGACCCUCUUCAACGGCAUGGACGAUGGCAGCACCGUAACUUGUCUGUCUCAAGCCGGGUAUCAAUACCCAAUGGAAACACCAGGUGUUGCUAUUUGUUUCUCUCCAAACUCUUGCGCUGCGGUGUCGCUGGACUCCGAGGGUCAGACUCAAUUGAGGUUGAUGGAGCACUCAUUUGGAGCGGCACAAGGCUUAUAUGACGAGAACAAGUUCUCUUCGGCAGUUGCGGCUUUGACACUCGCCUUUAGCCGUGGAUGUGGAGCAGACCUGAACACCGAUGAUAUUCUCAUGGUCGCUCUGAGGCAGCUCUCUUCUGAGAAUCAAGCAACAUUCAUUACUGAAGUCUUCCGUGCAUUGCCAGUCAACUGCAACUUCACUACGGACCAAGAGAAACUCAUGACCCACCCGUACAUCACCAAGUGCUUGAGCUUACAGGCCGCCUUGGGCUACAAUGGAAGACUGAAGCGUCGCAGUAUUCCAGCCUUGGUACCCUGGGCCGUCAUCCAGCUUCGUCAUGCCGCGGUCCUCUUUGCAUUCUUCUUCCAAAGCAACAAGGGAUCACCCCAUGAAGCCCAUGACCCUGAAAUUCUACGCAUGAUCCUGGGCAACGCAAAAUGGACCCUUGAUUUCUCCCAUUGGGUCCUCAGUGAAGUAUUCGACUUAGCUGACGAAUUCGAAAGCGUCUUCAACGACCAAGAGGCUUUCACCCAGAAGCUCAAAUCUACGACCUCCAUCCCCCUCCUUACUCUCCUCUCCAGCAUGUCCCGCGCCUUCCUCCGCUUCAUCUGCCGCGGCCUCCGAGGCGUGCACGCCGGCUUUGCAACCACAAACCCAGCCACACUAUCGGGCGACUCAAAAAUUUACUAUAUAGAGAUCUGCAAAACACUCGAAUCCUCACCAGUGCGAAUCGACGUCUACGAGAAAUUCCUCGCAGGCGUCGACUCCGCCGUAAAACACGCCUACCAAGGCGCCGGCUUCGGCGACGCAGAAAGACCAGGACCUGAAAAAGAACUACUCGUGAACGCACGAAUUCCACCCGUCCUCGUCAGCGCCGUCGCAACACUCCUGCGUCACACAGUGCCCGCCCUGAAAGCGGAAAUCAACCGCAAGGAUAUCCUCCUGAAUGACUACAGCUGGCUUGGAUUUGGCGCUGAUACCCGCACAGUGGCGUACCGGAGACAGCGGGAUGUGGACAUCAUGAAGAAGAUCCCGCUUCGUCUGGAGAGCGUUGGACGGUGUGGGAGGGUGAUUGCGCCGCAGAGGAGACGGCGGUGUGUGCGGUGCUGUGAGGUUACGGGGGAUACGACCUUGCCCAGAUCAUUGCCUUAUUUCAAGAUGCUUGUUAAGUCGAGUCUUUUGCGAACUUGUCCUUGUGGUGGGAUGUGGAUGUUGGAGAUGGAGACUGGGGCUGGGAAUGGGAAUGGGAAUGGGAAUGGGUCUGUGACUAUGUCUGAGAAUGCUUCGACGUAG